AUGGGGAGCACAGUAGUCCAUCAUGAAACCAAACUAGUGGUACAAUUGUACUCCGAAAGUCAACAAAAGAAGAGGGGCGACAGCACAAGUAAGGAAUCGGUGCCUGAGAUACCAGACAGGGUUGACAUCAACGCUCGAUCCAAUUCCUUAAAGGAGCUGAGAGACAUUUGGAAAGGGUGGACGCCUCAGAGACGAUUGACUUUUUCUCAGACGUACGGGCACAUCGGUUUUCUAUUGCAUGUUUCCGUAAACUCCCACAUGAUUGAAGCAUUGGUGGAAUUUUGGAAUCCGUCGUAUUGCUGCUUUACUUUGGAUGGGGUAGACCUUGCUCCCACCAUAGAAGAAUACACUUCACUAUUGCAUCUGGUCAAACUGCCAACGCCUUACAGAACGUACGCACCCACUCGAACCUCUGUUGUCAAGGAUUUGUUCAGGGCCACCGAGCUUAAGGUCCAGAACCUGGGAGACUCAAAGGUCACUUGGGAAAGCCUGAAAGAGUUGAUGAAGAAGGAAGGAAAGGAAGAAGUCCAACUGCAUCUGCUAGCGUUAGCCAUCUACGGCCUACUUAUCUUCCCGAAGGAACUAGGAAUCAUCGAUCAUGCCACCAUUGCCUUCGUAGCACAAGUAAAGGAAGGGGUGAACCCAGUCUACGGUAUUCUUGCUGAAACGUUCCGAUCUCUUAACAGAUGCCGAAUUAGGAGACAUGCUCGUUUGACCUGCUGUGUGCCAUUGCUUUAUGUGUGGAUGAUGAGCCAUUUGCCAUGCAUCCAGGGAUUCUUUCGCGCUGCUUUCUCAACAAUCAGAAUACCUUUAGCAGAGUUCGAAGUAGCUCGUUGGGAGGAACAUGCCAGCAGGACUGAAUGGAAAGACAGACUUCACAAUCUAGUCAGCAAGGGGAUUGUAUGGCAGGCACCGUGGAUCGACCAGCCCAAAGUGAUAUAUAGAUGUGGAAACCUUCCUUGGGUCCUACUGCUAGGUCCCUGGGGUGGAAUAUCCUAUGCACCACUCAUGUUCCGAAGGCAAGUAGGCGUAACACAGUUUGUGCCCAUGACCCAUGGACUGGCGGACGCUCGGUUCACAUAUGAGGAUGAUGAUAGCCAAACGAAGAUCCGAGAAUUCUUUGUAUCAUGGAGGCAUGUGUACAUAGUCGAAGCAACCAGUCAGAACUCGGGAGUCCAGGAGAGUUAUGAACUAUGGAAACGUGACAGGGUGGACCCUCGGUUCCUGUGCAAGGAAAAAACUCUGACAGACAAGAAACGGUCGAGAGAAGCUAUGUGUCCGUCUAAAAGAAUGACCUCCAGAGAACAGUUUCCAAAACAGGGUCCAGUAGAUCCUCAACUUAAACCAAGCAAGCGACCAAAGAUUCAGGGCUCGCCAUCAAAGAAAGCAUCGGCAGUUUUGAGAAAAGAGAAGCAGAGACUUCAAAAGAUGCUUGAUCAAAAAGUCCAACAAUUGAGGGAGUCAAGAGCAGAAAUUGAGGAAAAAUCUCAGUACAUACGAGACCUAGAGAAGCAGUAUGAAAAACAGAGAUACUAUUUCAACAAAGUACUUGAAAAGAUGGAGCCUUGUGUAAACAAGGCCAACUAUUGGGAAGCCCAGUACAAAGCACUGAAACAGAAGGUGGAAAGUGCAGCUCUCACAAAGUCAGAACCAACCCCAGACGAUUCAGGCUGCCUCGUUAAGAGCGGACCAGGAAAUCAGGAUCUGACACCUGUGUAG